CUCCUGAUAACUGGUAUUACGUUGAUAACCCCAAGAUUGUUGCAUUGCAUUACAUACGCUAGGGAGCUAGCUGAGAGUAGACAAUGUUCCGUUUAUUGUCAAGAAGUGGUAGUCACAUUACGAAAGUACAAAUGGCGAGGUACAUGGUAACUGAUCCGAAUUAUGGGUUUUUGAAGGAGUUAGGCCUCACCAUGGAAAAUCCAGGCCUUUAUGAUGGACGGUGGGGAGGAUCUGGCAAGGUAAUAGAAUCAGUGUCACCAUCGACCGGUAAAGUGAUAGCAAAAGUUAGGACCUCGACCCCACAGGAAGCAAGCAAUGCUAUUACAGAAGCACGUAAAGCAUGGCCACAGUGGGCAGGAUUACCGGCUCCAACAAGAGGAGAGAUAGUAAGACAAAUUGGAGAUGAAUUGAGGAAUAACUUGAAACCCCUGGGACGAUUGGUAUCUCUGGAAAUGGGAAAAAUAUUACCAGAAGGUAUUGGUGAGGUACAAGAGUUUAUUGACAUAUGUGACUACGCUGUUGGCUUAUCUAGAACACUACCUGGUAGUAUAUUUCCAUCAGAAAGGAAGAAUCAUGUUCUCAUGGAGAAAUGGAAUCCUCUCGGAGUAGUGGGAGUCAUUUCUGCAUUCAAUUUUCCGGUUGCAGUAUAUGGCUGGAAUAGUGCGAUUGCAAUGGUUUGUGGCAAUACUAUAGUUUGGAAAGGAGCAUUGACUACUCCUUUGGUGUCUAUUGCAACUACUAAAAUUGUCACAAGUGUUUUGGAGAGAAAUGGUAUACCAGGAUCAGUUGCAUCAUUGGUAACAGGUGGUUCAGAUGUUGGUGAAACUAUAGUCGAAGACACGCGUGUACCUCUGGUUUCGUUUACUGGAAGUACAAGUGUAGGAAAGAAAGUGGCUCUGAAGGUACAGGAACGAUUCGGAAAAUUUUUGUUGGAAUUAGGAGGCAAUAAUGCAUUAAUAGUCGCACAAGACGCUGAUCUGGAAAUGGCAGUAAGAGCAGCGGUGUUCUCUUGUGUGGGAACAGCGGGUCAAAGAUGCACAACUACCAGAAGAUUACUUCUGCACAAAAAAAUCAAAAACGAAUUUCUAGGAAAAUUGAAGAAAGCGUAUGAGAGCAUUUUGGAGCGGAUAGGCGAUCCUCUAGAAAACAAUACUUUAUACGGACCUCUACACAAUCAGCAUGCAGUCGACAGCUACAAAAAAGCUAUUGACAGUGCUGUAAAGAGUGGCGGUAAAAUAGAAUUCGGUGGAAAGCAGAUAGACAGACCAGGCUUUUACGUGGAGCCAACAAUCAUUUCCGGUUUGUCGGCCGAUACUGAAAUAGUUCAGACCGAAACAUUCGCGCCAAUAGUCUACAUUUUCGAGGCAAACUCCUGGGAAGAUGCUGUAGCUCUGAACAAUGGCGUGCAACAGGGGCUGAGCAGUUCUCUAUUUACUAAAAGCCUAGAAAAUGUGUUUCGGUGGAUUGGUCCUCAUGGCUCCGACUGUGGAAUAGUGAACGUAAACAUUGGAACAAGCGGCGCAGAAAUUGGCGGUGCAUUCGGAGGGGAGAAAGCGACUGGAGGUGGUCGUGAGAGUGGCAGCGAUGCAUGGAAGCAUUACAUGCGACGUGCAACUAUCACGAUUAAUUAUGGAAACGAUUUGCCAUUGGCUCAGGGCAUCAAGUUCGAAUAGAACGUGCUGGUGUCUUGAAAAUAUUCAAUGGUUUAAUUCGAAACGUAUAAAAUCCACUUGAACAUCCACAGUGACUUUCUUAUGGAAUUUGUACGCUUUUGGCAGGUCGUAUCUCAGUUCGGCGAUGACUUUCCCUUUCGCGCCGAACCGCGCCGCUUUUUCGAGCACAUAAUUACGCGUGCUCGUUUUGUGCAAAGAGUACACGGCGUUUGAUGCGAGUUUCGUGGCAACUUCCAGAAACUUCAUGUCUAUUCCUGUAUUGUGUUUCGUCCCGAAAGGUGGAUUCAUCACCACUGUAUCAAAGUAUUUCUCGAAUUUUCCUACAACGCAAUUAUUCGAAAACAUGUGUGAUGUUAAAUGAUUAAAAUGAAUAACUUUGUACAUACCUGGUA